CACAAAGCACUAGGUGGAGAUAGGAGGAGGCCAGUCACUAGCCUCCUAGCUAAACACACAUAGCUAGGGCUAGCCAGCAUGCUAAACUACAUACACUUCGUCUAAAUGUCGCCCUUCUUAUCAAGCGAUGGCCAAGGAAAAGUGUUCGCAGAUCGAAGCCGAACUUUAUUACCUCAUCGCCCGGUUUCUGCAGUCUGGACCCUGUAAGAAGGCAGCACAGGUCCUGGUGGAGGAGCUCGAGGAGUACGAGUUGGUUCCUCGGCGGUGGAGUUGGGAUGGGGAGGAGAAGCGGCGGAGCUUCACAGAAUGGGUGGUGGUGAACCAGCACCUCCCGGCCGACUACCUGCUGAGGGUAUGUCGGAGGAUCGGCCCCCUGAUCGAGAAGGAGGUGCCCCCCAGCGUCCCGGGGGUCAGCACCCUGUUGGGCCUGGGGAGGCAGUCUCUGCUGCGCACCACCAAGACUUGCAGCCACCAGGUAUGCAGGGGGUCGAUAGCAGCAGCUCUCCACAGGGGACGCCCCCCAGAACCCCCCGCCAUCACAGACCACUCGCCCAGCGUCGUGUCCAUCAUGGGGGCGCGGCAGGCCACGGGGGCGGCCCGCUUCGACCAGGCCGUGCCCACCCUCACCUACCAGCACAUGAAGACCCACAAGCGCAUCCUGGGCCACCUGUCCUCGGUCUACUGCGUCGCCUUCGACCGCACCGGGCGCCGCAUAUUCACGGGGUCAGACGACUGCCUGGUGAAGAUCUGGGCCACAGACGACGGGCGGCUGCUGUCCACGCUGCGCGGGCACGCCGCCGAGAUCUCGGACAUGGCCGUGAACCACGAGAACACGCUGAUGGCGUCGGCCAGCUGCGACAAGGUGAUCCGGGUGUGGUGCCUGCGGACCUGCGCCCCCGUCACCGUGCUGCAGGGCCACGCCGCCUCCAUCACCUCCAUACAGUUCUGUCCAGGUGUCCGGGGCACCAGGAGGUACCUGGCGUCCACCGGAGCCGACGGAAUGGUGUGCUUCUGGCAGUGGCACUCCUGUAGCAUGAAGUUCAGCGACCAGCCCAUCAAGUUUGUGGAGCGGUCGCGUCCCGGGGUCCAGGUCUCCACCUCCUCCUUUAGUAGUGGGGGGAUGUUCCUGGCCACCGGCAGCACUGAUCAUGUGAUCAGGGUAUACUACCUCGGCUCUGAUGCCCCAAUGAAGCUCUCUGAGAUGGACGCACACGGGGACAAAGUGGUUGUCGUCCAGUUCUGCAAUAACAGCGACAGUCUGAGGUUUGUCAGCGGCAGUCGCGACGGCACGGCGAGGAUCUGGCAGUACCAGCAGCAGGAGUGGAAGAGCAUCAGUCUGGAUAUCGCCGCCCGCCUGCCAGGGAGUCCUGUUGUCAACGGCGACGACAAGACCAAGCUGGUGGUCACCAUGGUAGCGUGGGACCGUGGCGACCGCACCGUCGUCACGGCGGUCUCCAACUUCCUGCUCAAAGUGUGGAACUCCCGAACCGGACAGCUGCUGCACGUGCUGUCUGGUCACGAUGACGAGGUGUUUGUGCUGGAGGCCCACCCCUUCGACCCCCGCGUCAUGCUCUCCGCCGGCCACGACGGGAACAUCUACAUCUGGGACCUGAGCCGAGGAGCCCGGAUCAGGAACUUCUUCAACAUGAUCGAAGGCCAGGGUCACGGCGCCAUCUUCGACUGCAAGUUCUCGGCCGACGGGCAGCACUUUGCCUGCACCGACUCCCACGGCCACCUGCUGCUGUUCGGCUUCGGCUGCAGCCAGCCCUACGAGAAGAUUCCGGACCAGAUGUUCUUCCACACGGACUACCGGCCGCUGAUCCGCGACACCAACAACUACGUCCUGGACGAGCAGACGCAGCAGGCGCCCCACCUGAUGCCCCCCCCCUUCCUGGUGGACAUAGACGGGAACCCCCACCCGCCGCGAUACCAGCGGCUUGUGCCGGGCCGCGAGAGCUGCAACGAGGAGCAGCUGGUGCCGCAGCUAGGCUACAUCGCUAACAGUGACGGAGAGGUGGUGGAGCAGGUCCUGGGUCAGCAGACGGGGGACAACGGAGAGAGUCCUCUGGACAACCUGAUCAGACAGAUGCAGAGCCAGCAGAACGCUCUGGGCCAGGAGCCCAGCCCAGACCGGCCGUCCCCGGACCCAGCAGACGGAGAAGCAGCUGGGGAGGACCCUGCCAUGGAGCCGGGCCAGGCUGAGGGCCAGGCUGAGGGCCAGGCUGAGGGCCAGGCUGAGGGCCAGGCUGAGGGCCAGGCUGAGGGCCAGGUCGAGGGCCAGGCUGGGGGCCAGGCAGAGGGGGAAGAGGGUCCGGGAGAGGGCCAGGCGGAGGGGGUGUGGCAGGUACAGAACAACGCCCUCCCCAGCCAGCAGGCCACGGAGAGAGACCUGUUGGCCUGGAGCCACCGCACGGUGGUCAACGAGCUGCCCAAAGCCACCUUCAGGGUGAUGGAGGAGUGCAGGCGGGCCAAAGGGGAGGUGGAGUGCUCUCUGUACAACGCAGAGCGCCGCAAGAAACCAGCCAGCGGCGGGGUCAAGGUUGACCCCCUGACCCCCAGGGUCCGUUCCCUGCGCCCCGCCAGCAGUAAGAAGAAGCAGAGCCACGCCUACCAGACCCGCUCCGCCCAGGUCCGUCGCCGCGGCAACCGCACCCGUGCCUCCAGCGCUCGGCAGGGGGCCGACAGCCAGGCGGAGUCGGACAGCGACGGAGACGCCACGGAGCCGCAGGAGGUCAGCGAUGGGUCAUCGGAGGGCGACGCCCAGUGGCAGAGUGACAGCAGCUCCAGCGACUCCUCCAGCGAGUAUUCUGAUUGGACAGCGGACGCAGGGAUCAACCUGCAGCCGCCCAAGCGACCAACCAGGAGGUUGACUAGACCUCAGGGCUACAGCAGCUCAGAGGAGGAAGAGGAGGAGGAGCAGCAGCAGGAGGAGGAGGAGGGGGAGGACGGGGAGGAGGGGGAGAGACCCCCGAAGAGAGACCGGACGAAGAAGGAAAAGAAGAAGGAGAAGAAGAAGAAGAAGUCGAAAGAGACCAAACAGAAGCCCAUGUCUACACUGACGGGCGUGGACCCCGACGAGUGGAGACCGCCCGCCUGGAUCACCGAGACCGUCCCCCGGCGAUCGCCCUUCGUACCGCAGAUGGGAGACGAGCUGAUGUACUUCCGACAGGGCCACCAGGCGUACGUGCGGGCGGUCCGCCGAGCCAAGGCCUACAGCAUCAACCCCCAGAAGCAGCCCUGGAACAAGCUGAACCUCAGGGACCAGGAGUCUGUGAAGGUGGUGGGCAUCAAGUACGAGGUCGGCUCCCCCACCCUGUGCUGCCUGAAGCUAGCCUUCCUGGACCUCCGCUCCGGCAAGAUGACGGGCGACUCCUUCUCCCUCAAGUACCACGACAUGCCCGAUGUCAUCGACUUCCUGGUCCUGCUGCAGUUCUACAACGAGGCUAAGGACCACAACUGGCAGCCAGGCAUGAGGUUCCGCAGCAUCAUCGACGACGCCUGGUGGUUCGGCUCGGUGGAGGACCAGGAGCCACUGCAGCUGGAGUACCCUGACAGCCUGUUUCAGAGCUACGCCGUCAGGUGGGACAACGAGGAGCAGGAGAAGAUGAGUCCCUGGGACAUGGAGCCCAUUCCUGAAGAAGCGGCCCUGCCGGAGGAGGAGGGUGGAGGCGUGGAGGUGCUGGAGGAGGAGCUGGUGGCCCUGCUCUACGAGCCCCAGGAGGGCGAGUGGGGGGCCCACACCCGGGACGAGGACUGUGAGCGGGUCCUCCAAGGGAUCACGGACCUCCUCACGCUAGACGUGGCGAAGGCCUUUGCGUUGCCCGUGGACCUGCGGGACUACCCGCUCUACUGCACCGCGGUGGCAUACCCCACCGACCUCAGCACCAUCCGCCUGCGUCUGGACAACCGCUUCUAUAGGCGUAUCUCUGCUCUGAUGUGGGAGGUGCGCUACAUCGAGCACAACGCCCGCACCUUCAACGAGCCGCAGAGCCCCAUCGUGGCCGCCGCUAAGGUGGUGACCGACAUCCUGCUGCACUACAUCGGGGAUCAGAGCUGCACGGACAUCUUGGAUCUGUUCCACAGGCUGAGGUCAGAGGUCAGCAGUGGAGGAGAGCUGGAGGUGGCUGACGUGGACGUGGACUCAGACACCCCGGGGACGUCCUCUGGGAACCGGGCCUCCUCCAGCUCUAAGAAGCGGGGCGUGGAGCUGGACGUGAACGCGUGGAAGGGCCAGGUCAGAGACCUGAUCAGACACAUGAUCACCAGCCGGGACUCAGAGCCCUUCAGGCAGCCUGUCGACCUGUUUGUCUACCCGGACUACCGGGACAUCAUCGACACCCCCAUGGACCUGAGCACGGUGUCGGAGACGCUGGUGGGCGGGAACUACGAGAACCCCAUGGAGUUCAGCAAGGACGUGCGGCUCAUCUUCACCAACUCCAAGGCCUACACCCCCAACAAGAAGUCCCAGAUCUACACCAUGACUCUGAGCCUGUCGGCCUACUUCGAGAGCCGCAUCAUCUCCAUCAUCUCGGACCACAAGUCGGCCGUCCAGAACCAGCGGCGCAGCAGCCAGAGGCUGAGCUACAGGAAGAGGCUCCACAGCCCAGGAGGAAGCUCCUCUCCUGGGAGCCCGCCCCCCAGCCCCAAAGGGAAGCACAAGUCAGGGAAGACCAAGAAGUCGAAGUCGAAGUCGAAGCCAAACAAGUCGAGGGCCCGGAGCGAGAGUUCCUCCAAGAAGAGCCGGUCCUCGUCCCGACGGCCGCGCCGGGCUCCCCCCAGCGAUGUGGAGGUGGAUGAAGACAGCCAGCCCUCCUCUUCCUCUUCCUCCACCUCAGCCAGCCAAGCUCCGCCCCCCACCACCUCCUCACGCAGCCGGGCCACGCCCCCCGCCAAGAGAACAGUUCCCCAGCGGCCUGUCGCCCUUAGCAACGGCUCCAGACAGAGCCUGAGACGCCCGGCGUUGGCGGCCGCGGCGACGGCGGCGGCCAGCGAGGAGGCGACCGCCGGCUCCUCUCGCUCCUCCUCCGGCUCCUCCUCCUCGUCCUCUUCCUCGUCGUCGUCGUCCUCCUCGUCCUCCUCCUCGUCUUCGUCGGACAGCGGCUCCGACUCUGAGACGGAGAAGUUCGUGGAGGGCUGUGACCACGACUACAGCAAGGCUCCUCCCCUCCCCAAGUCCGCCCCGCCCCCUCCCCCGCCGUCGCGACCUCACGCCAAGGGCGGCACCGCCGUCCGGGCGGCUGCCGUCGCCAGGGGCAACAAGGCGGUUGCCACAAUCACCGCCGCCACCAAACGGAGACGAGAGGCGGUACCCGACACGCCCACACAGAGACCCAAGAGGGCGAGGGUAAAGUCUGCCGGAGAGGAAGAGGAGGAGGAGGAGGAGGAGGAGCAACAGGAGGAGGAGGAGGAAGAGGAGAACGACGAAGAGGGGGAGGAUGAUGAUGAAGAGGGAGAUGAGGAGGAAGAAGAGGAGGACGCAGAGGCGGAGGUGGUGCUGCAGCCCCAGCAGGAGGAAGAAGAGGUGGAGGAGGAUGAGGAGGAGGAGGAGGAAGAAGAGGAAGAAGAAGAAGAAGAGGAAGAGGCGGAGGAGGUGAAAGCCGCUGCUGUAGGAAAUGAAGAGGACCCUGGCGAAGACGAUGAGGAGGAGGAGCCUGACGAAGAGGAGGAGCCGGACGAGGAGGAAGAGGAGGAGGCGUCUGAGUCGGAGCAGGGGGCCGCAGGAGGAGCGGCGGGGGGCGCGAGCAGGCCCCGGCGCUCCAAGUCGGCCCGCGUCAACACCCGUAACCAGGGCCGCCGGACGGUCCAGUACGUGGACGAGUCGGACGACGAGGGUCAGAGGUCGAAGGACGACCCCCUGAACCUUGGGAAGUCGCGGUCGGGCCGCGUACGCAAGAUGACUGAGAAGGCCCGGGUCAGCCACCUCAUGGGCUGGAACCACUGACCCCUGACCUCUGACCCCCCGACCUUAACCUCUGCCCCCUGACCUCUGAACCCUGACCCCCAGACUCUGGGUUCCACUGCAGGGAUAACCGUUUGUUGUGUUUUUAUAUAUAUAUAUAUAUAUAUAUAUAUAUAUAUAUAUAUAUAUACAUAUACGGGCUGAGUCACGACUCAGCGAACGGCCGGUGCUCCAGAUGAGGUCUGUUGCCAAGGAGCCGUCGUCGAGGGUGACGGGAGGGUGGGGGACAACAAAAAGCAAAGCCACCUGCCCUCCUCUCUUCCUCCUCUUCAUCGUACCCUCCUCAUUCCCCCCCUCCUUUACCUUCUCUUUGCUACCUCCUCCUCUGCCCUACCGUUCCUCCUCCCCCUCCAGACUGUAGAUCCUAUGUCCUCCUCCUCCUCCUCCCCCUCCAGACUGUAGAUCCUAUGUCCUCCUCCUCCUCCUCCUCCUCUUCCUCGCUCCGCUCCCCGGACACCAAAGAAAGGCGGGAGGUGCCAAAACAAAACGGUGCUCAUUCAAUUUUUUUUUUUUUUUUUUUUUUUUUGCAGCGUGUGUUUUGUUGUUGUUGUGCUCCUCUGGUGUGCUGCUGAGCCACAAACCUCAUCACCUCGUGGGGGUCAUCGCGGGGUCUCUAGGGGGCCCUCAUAGCGUAGGGCAUGAUGUCAUCUACUCUGCCAUUGGCUCCAAUCCCGGUGGGCCUCGAGGUCAACUUUACAUCGUCACGACCACGGUCUCUCUAGCCUCGAGGUAAACAUUACAUCGUCACAGCAGCGGUCUCUCCCUCAGCCAGCUCUGCCUCUGGCUGUGUCUAGGUCCUGGAGGUGGUCUUCAUGGGACCGGGGGGGGUCUAGGCGCUGGUGGUGGUCUUCACGGGCCCGGGGGGGGUCUAGGUCCUGGAGGUGGUCUUCACGGGACCGGGGUCUGGCCGUCUCUUCCUCCUGAGCCAGUGGACGUUAGACCGGUCCGUUCCACCGUGUGGAGUCCCAUGUUGCCCGGGUGUCACUCCCUCUCUCGUCCCCUUCCUCCUUUAGUUCCCUUCGUCUGGUUGGUACAUGGGAGACCUCGUGUUCUUGUUUGAUCUGGUCUGUAUCCUACUCUCUCAACAUCACCGGUUGAAAGUUUCUUCCGAGACCCCGUCUCUCUCUCUCCGCCCUCCCUGGUGCCCAACCGUGGACCCCUCUCCUCCUCUUCUCACCUCCUCUCUCCUCCUCUCCUCCUCCUCUGUCAGCGCUGUCGUGUCCCUCGCGCUCAACACCUCUUCAUUAACGAGAAUACUAAAUAUUUUGUUUUUGCACACUAAAUCAUUCUGGCAGCUGGCUAAUAAAGUUGUCGGGAGGAUAUCAGUUUUAUAAGCCGAAGGCUGAUCUCCUUCUCCUUCAUUCAUGCGCUCUCCAUCGUCUCCACCUCACCAGCACACUGAGUACCGGAGCUCCACCUACAGAGCGUCUGCAGCAGGUACCUACAGAGCCUGCUGCUGACGGCGCCGUCACAAAAAAACUCAUGAACUCUUCCUUGUGGUCGCGACCCCGUGAUGUCACCCGGUUCAGCGACCAAUCAGGUUCCUCGUUGCCCUCAGAGGUCAACCCUAGAUCUCUGACCUCUGACCUCUGAGUUGCCCACGAGCAUGACUCUGACCCUGCGACGGUGCGAGCGGUAGAAGAGAGAGAGAGAGAGAGAGAGAGAGAGGGGGGGGGAUGACCUCCAACUACAAAAUGUAAUCUCAGUAGCGUCAGUGGAUGAGUGGUGCUCCCACACGUCUUCAGCAGAGCUUGGUUAUAGAGUCAGGGAUGUACAGUCAGCCUUUCGUUGCUCUUUAUGUGUGGUGUGAGAACAACGCCCGACUAUUGCUUUGGAAUUGUAUUUUCAUACGAUGAUCUACGGCGUUUGUAGGGGUACCCUUUCAGUGACUCAAUCGAUUUAGGUGAAAUAAACUUCAGUGAUUAAUAUUCUUUUUUUCUUUUUUUACACUUUAUGAUUGUAUAUUAGUUGUUUUUUUCUGUGUUUUUUUUUUAAAUAAAGAAGUUGAUCUCUUGUA